AUGACUGAGCCGCCCCGCGGCGGCGGCGGCGGCGGCGGCGGCGGCGCGGGAGGAGCGCGGCCGCCCGGGCGGCGGCCAUUGGCCCGGCGGCCGUCCGCCCCGGGCUCACGUAACCCCGGCGGGAGGCGAGGCCCGGAUCGGGCGGCCCUGUGCUCCCGGCACGCGGGGAGCGGAGGCGGGGCGGCUGCGGCGCUUAAAGGGGCCCGAGAGGAGGGGGCGGGCGCCGUGCGGCCGGGGUGGGCUGCCGGAGGGGCGCAGCUCGGCGAGCGGCGAGGGGUGCCGGAGGUGGCUGCGUUCUUUCGAAAGCGAGGGAGCAGCUGGGCCGAUCUUUGUUCUUUUGAGACAAAGCCCCUGAACUUGGGUCCUCGCUUUGUGCAGGUGCAAGUGCUCGUGUAUGGAAAGCCCAUGGUGGGGAAAGGCUUUAAUACAGGAGGUUGCUGUUUCACAGGACUGGUUCGAAUCUCACGACACCCAAGGAAACUAGCUGUGAAUGAUGAUGUGCUGAAAUUUCACAAAGCCCCUUUACCAGAAGCUCCAACCCAAAUUGGAGUAAACAAUAAAGGAUGUUUUUUCUCAGAAAACAAAAGAUCCAAAGGCUUCCCAGUUGCUGUGUGGUCCCAAAGUGAAGCUGAGGAGCCACCAGAAAACAUCAGAAGCUUUCAUCCAGAAAAGCCUGAGGACACCCCUGCCCUUCCUCAAGAGAGAGAAGUCCUUUACAUGACAGCUAUUUUUCUUAGUCUUGGAGGAAUUCACACCACUCCUUCCCCCAGCUUUUUCCCCCAGUGGCAGGAGCAAAAAGGUGGUCUCAGAAUUUCUAGAAAGGCCUCAGUCCUCCCUACCCAACAACAGGCACAGCUUUGCUAA